GAUGGACACGGCGAAGGUGCCAAGCGAGAGGCGAUGUCAUCGUCUUCGUGGGCAGAGCUGGAUGACAUACGUCAACCUGAGCGUCAUCAGUGGACAAUGAUGUCACUCGUGCACCUUGAUGACAUCACCCAACUUUGAUGAUUCGACUCACACAGGAGGAGAACAGCGUCACAUGUUGGCUGAGAAGAAGACAUGUCACAUGUCUGCACCUUUUUGACCUCCUCACUCUCUCUCACGUCCACAGAUGACACAGGUUCUUCCGAAGAGGAAACACACGACUUGGCUGAGAUGGAAGGUUCCAUCGUGAAGAGCAGCACAUGUUUGUACCACAUCCAGAAACUUUUGGAUCGAGGAACCAGCAGCCACGUCUUCAAAUGUCAAAACUUGGGGACGUCAAAGGACGUGGCCCUGAAAGUUCACAAAAACUAUGCCUUGUUUGAAAAUGAGAUCGACAUGCAGGAGAUUGUGAGCGUGCUGGACCCAGAAAAGAAGAGCAUCGUGGAGUUCAUCGAGACGUUCACCUUCAACGAACACCCUUGUCUGGUCUUUGAGCUGCUAGACACCAGCUUGUUCAGCAUGGUCUACGACAAGCGCUGGAAGACCUUCUCGCCCAACGACAUCCGACCCGUUGCCCAGCAGUUGCUGACGGCCUUUGACGCCCUGAAGAGCAUCGGCGUGAUCCACACGGACCUGAAGUCGGACAACAUCAUGCUGGUGGACCACGCCAUGCAGCCCUUCAGGGUCAAGCUCAUUGACUUUGGCUUGUCCAUCACCACCUCGGAAGCGCCGCUGAGUUACGGCGUGGCCCUGCAGCCCAUGGGCAACAGGGCACCCGAAGUCGCCCUGGGUCUUCCCUUCUCCGAGGCCAUCGACAUGUGGUCUCUGGGCUGUGUCCUGUCCUUCUUGUACCUCGGCAACUACCUCUUCUUGGCCAACUCCAACUACAACAUGCUGCGCAGCAUGAUCGAAGUCGUCGGUCGGAUUCCUGAUCAUCUCCUCAGCGCCAGCAAAAACACUCACAAAUACUUCAAGAAGAACACGCGAGACAAUGACGGCGAUCACCCAAAAUGGCGACUGAUGACGGAGAAGGAGUACCAGGACAAAACUGGCGUCCGUCCUGAGAGCUUGCUGUGGUCCUUCAAAUGUUUGGAGGAUCUGAUGAAACUCAGACCACAUGUGAAUGAGCCCAUCGAGAUGGAGGACCGCAAGGCCUUUGUGGACCUCCUCAAGUGUCUUCUCCAGAUGGACCCUGAGCAGAGGAUCACCCCGGAGGAGGCCCUCAAGCACCCCUUCCUGACCAUGAGCCACCUAAGUGAGCACAAGAACACCAGUCCUUAUGUGAUUGACAGCUAUGACAAGAUGAAGUUCUGCCCAGUCAAUGACUUCCGUAAGGACCACGGCGACCCUCAACCCGAGCCAGAUCCGGUCGUCAGCCCAAAGAACUGGCGGAAAAAAUUCUGUCCUUUCUUUAGGACCAGAAAGACCGAUGAGCCUGUUCUGGCUGGUUCUGCUCAGUACGUCGAGCUAAAGACCUGGUGGCAGAAACUCUGUCAGUUCUUCAGGACCAAGAGCAGACCCGAUCCGCUUGCACUUGAUGCAAACAGUUCUCCUGGUCUCAGUUCCCGUGGUCCGGCUCCACGGCUCCAGUCAAAGAAAACGUGGCGCAAAAAGAUCUUUCACUUCUUCCGAAUGAACCAGAUCGGUCCAGAACCAGACCACCGUCCUGGCCAUCAAAGUGGAAGCCCCAUAAAGGUCCACGCCAAACCAGACGGUGACCACAAGUGCGCUGGACCCAACGAGUCGUCACAAGUUAACAGCCAGUCAUCAUGCAUUAAAAAAGACGAGCCUCAGCGAGAUAAAGACAACGAUUCAGCAGCCGUGAAUAAUAAGGCCAAAGUUGACUUGAAGACCACUCGAGUGGCAGGCAAAAGGCGCAGGGACAUGACCUUUGACCUGAACUACCUCAACUAUCGGAGAAAAAAUGCCAAUCAAAAAACCAAAAAGUCUGAUGCAUAGAAGAACAUUUGACCUUUGACCUCAGCUACCUCUGCCAUCUUGCAACGAUCGACCUUUGACCUCUGCUACCUCAUCACGAGAAGUUUGCACAAACUACUGGAACCGUUCUAGAAUGCUCUGUUGUUGGACCAAAGGAUGUUUUCCUCAAAGCACAGCUUCUGGAAUCCAGCAUGUUUACCAGUUUAGAACCCACCCAGUACAGUAGUUCUAUAGUAUUAUUAUUAUAUAAUUUCAGUUUGGUGCUGCUAGCUUGGUUCUAUACGGACUCUGUCUUGGUUCUAGUUACAGUGGUUCUAUGCUGACUGCUUUACCCUGACGGUACUCUGGUUGUCCAAUGGUUCUGUGCUAGUUCUAAUUACAAACACAGUUCUAGUCCUGGCAGGAUAUGAUGCAACACGCUAACACCGGGUUCUGUUUACUGACCUGGGAGCACCUUGGGUGAGCUUCCUCCAAGAACCCAGCAGAACUUUGGUGUCAGCUCACUUUCAUAGUUGGUCAUAAUGAAUACUCACCAAUGAUUAAAAUGUAUGCAAAUCAGCCGUGUCGUAACAGCACCAGCUGGGUCCAAAACAUGCUUCCAGGAUGUUUUUUCUGUCUUAUUGUCUUGAGGUUCAACGUGGUUCUAAUUGGGCAUGGUGUUGGACCAAGCAAGCUACGGAACCUUCAAGCAGAACCACAGGUCCGAACCAGAAUUGCACAAAGUAGGUACACACAAGGCCACGACGUUUCUUGCAGACAAAAUAUUAGGUACAAGUGGCCAAAUUAUUAGCAACAAAAAUUGACACAUACGGCCAAAAUAUUAGGUACACCCAAAACAAAAGGGACACCUUUGGUGGAAAUUUUAGGUACCUCAGGCCAAAACAUUACCUACAAACAAUGUUGCUUGGGUACCCCGUCUCGUGCACACACAAGACGGUCGAUCCGUUUUCUGGCUGUUUCCCAUUGGUUGACAGCCAGUUGUCCUGCAAAUUAACAGUCCUGAAACCACUUUUGACAAAUACAUGGAAGACACGUGCAGUGGACGCCCCAUUUUCGGACACGGGCUGCCUAACGAACCCACUCCCGAACACCACUUUUGACAAAUACAUGGAAGACACGUGCAGUGGACGCCCCAUUUUCGGACACGGGCUGCCUAACGAACCCACUCCCGAAGGUGUAGGAACGCUAGCUCCCGAGAUAUAGCCCUAAGUGUGUCCCCCAUGGUCGUGCCAUAUUUUAUGGUGCAAUACUAAACUGUCCAGCAGGGGAAGCCAAUCGGCGACGCUACGACGUGGGCGUAACCCAGGAAAACAACAUUGCACUGAAACAUUAUAUUGUAUAGAGGUGCACUGGCGUGUUCAGUGACCUAAUUGUUGGUCUCACAAAGUUGUGGGACCUUUUAGUGUCUGAGUGAUAGUCCAAAUGUGCCCCUUUACUUCCUGAGUUAUAGUCCCAAAUAUGCCCAGUGUCGCUGGUCAAAACGAUUGUGCAGCAGCACUUUUAAAGACACUGAAGUCGAUUGGCCGCCACUUUUUUUUUGCAAUACCACCCGUGGCCCUAUGGCGACUUAUUGCGUAAAAUUAUAGAAGCAGGCUUUUUGCCUUAUUCUGAGUGGAUAUAAGAACUAAGUCUGUGGAAUGCUCCUAGCCUGGGUUGUAGACAUAAAACAUGUUAUGAGAAACGGUGGGUGCAAUACCAACUUUGCCCGCAGGACGGCGCCAGUGGGUGCCAAUUAGGGAUGCUGAGAUAGAUCAGCCACUACAGAUCAGUAUCGGCCGAGAUGGCGUGAUCGGCAUAUGCAUUUCAACGCCGACUUC